AAUGGAAUAACGCUGCGCUCGUUUGGUUGGCUGGUUUUGGUGCUCGGUGUGUUGAGGAAAAGUGGUAGUCGUGGUUGUGGUUGUGGUGGACCGAAUCUGUGGAGGUGGCACACUUGGAAGACGGCUCUGCGAAGAUGUAAAUGGGUUCAUAAAGCCUGACGGUGCACUAAAGUGCUCAUCCGAAAAGAUGGAGAACUGCGACACGUACGCACAGGAUGAUGAACAGGGACCAAGCACCAACCUGCUUGACCUGCCCUCCGAGAUCAUCGAGAAGAUAUUGCGGCAUACGAACUUUGCGACCAUUAGCAACACUCGCAUGGUGUGCCACCACCUGAACAAUGCGGCAUCUGGACUGCUCAACUCGGAGUUUGUGCGGCUGCGGUGUUCCAUGCAACAGCGCUUUCAGGCCAUCAAGGCGCAGAUGCCACGACGGGAGUCAGCGCGCCGCAAGCACCCGCUCUCACGCGAGUGUGACAUCAUCGAGACGGUGCACAUGCGGCUGACCCUGCUGCAGAUGACUUUUGGGAAGCACAUUGAGCGAAAGCACUGCUGCUUCUUCCCAGGGGAGAUCUUGGACGAAGUGCACCGCAUCCUGAGGUACGUGGAGGUGACGCCCACGCUGAGCCGUGCCUACAAGGUGACGGAUGAGCUCUUUGACCUGACCACCAUGGCCAUGGAGUACUUCAAGGAGCACAUUGAGCCCACGCUGCCCGAGAUCAGCUACUUCGCAGCCGACUUCCUCGACUACCCUUCUUCUUACUCUCCUAGCUUGAAAAGCCAGAUAUCGCUGAUGGAGGCGCCGCCGUGUACAAGCACGCAGGGCUCACUGUCCAGUGCACCCCAGUCUCCUCAGCCGCCUCCAGUCAACCCAACAGUGAAGAAACGCCUACGAAAGCUGAGGGAAAGCAUGAAGAAAAACAGCGGGCAGGUGCUGGCGCUGCGUCGAGAGCUGAAGCUGACGCGCCGGCGGGUAACCAACCAGCAGCGGCACAUAGUGGAAAUGAAGGCGCGCCAGGACGACUACGACCAGAAGUUGCAGACGACGUCGCGCAAGCUGAACGCGGUGCUGCAGGAGCUGAACCGGUGCAAGACGGAGUUGCAGUACUGGCGCUCCAAGUCGCCCGCCGUGCCGGCCUGCACCUGCGGCAAGACCACUCCGCUUAGCGGGGGGCCCUCCCAGGGUGCCCCUAUCGACUUCACACCCAUCGACUUCCAGGAGGCUGCCUCUUCCUCUUUCGGACUGCAGGGUGAGGGACAAGUGAAGCUGGUACCCGCGUGCUACGGAACUCCACCGGAGAACAUCGUUCCGAGCCUGAGUGACUCUGAGUGUUUGUCAUUUGAAGAAGUAACCACGGAGACAUUGCCCUCAAACAAGACGGCGCCCGUCGACAAGUCGGCACAACCAAGGGCGUGCAAACGCAAGCUGGAUCUGGACGGAGAAGGAGCCACCACAUCAAGCCUGGUCAUCAAAGCACACAAAGUACAAAGGAGUUCUUUGCCAAACGUGAAUUAGCGACGCCCGACUGAUCGUCCCCUCAUAUUUUUACGUUUUGUAUCUGGGUGGGGCUGGGGGGGGGAGGGGUCAUGCUCGUUUACCUUAUAUUGCGUGUGCAUCUGUUGUGUACUUGUGUUGAGUGUGCGUUUUGAUUUCUUUUUGAAGACCACCUUGGGUGUGACUGAACGAACUUUCUGAAGAUUUUUCAUCGCUUGCAGAGGCUAGACUGGAUUUGGGAACACCUUUUUUUUUGUGUGUGUGCAUCGCUUUGUUAUGUAAUGCUUCUACCAUCAGUGGCUUUCUUGUGGGUUUGUCUGGCAGUACCAGUGAAUCCAUCAUGUGAACAAUUGUUUUUUUUUUUUCUUUAGCAAGGAGCCACAAGCUUGACAGGAAGCGAAGCCUCAUGAUUAUUAGUGAUAGCUGUGAGGCAUGCACGAGGAAAGUGGCCAUCUGUCACGUACUAGAACUGUUCCACAAGAGCCUGUGCUAAAAAGGUGGUGCGUAACACGGGGGGGUGUUGUUUCUUCUAGCUAGCAGCAAACUGCUACAUGGUUAUAGUAUACACUGUUCCAUAGCAGGAGUGCUCCGAUAUCAUUCGAACACGCUGCAGCAUGAUCAACAUGUGGGAUUUCAUAACUUCGGCUGCAACAGUGCUUGAGAAAGUGCGGCUUCAUCCUGCUGCACGCUGUUACUCGAACGCAGCUGUUCGUUGAACUGCAUACCCUAAAGCUUCCCUCCCCCGCACUUUCCAUGUGGUGUUGAGUGAUUUGAGUUGAGUGUCCGUAUGUUAUGGAAAGUGAGUUGUUUGAAUGAGUAUCCUUUUUUUUUUCUUUGUUUGUUCUGUGAGAUGUUCUGUAUGUAGUAGUCCAAUAAUACCACCUGCUUCUUUUCAUACUUUUAUAGAAAUUGUAUGCAAUUUUUGCCGAAUAUUUUAUCAAUUCUUUCAGGAGUUGAAAUGGAAGGCCUUAGUAUGCAAAGCUUAUAAGAUUGUGGGAAAGUGUACAGAUAAAAUUUCACUACGGGGGCUUAACAGAAGAAAGCGAGCAGUUUGGCGUCAGAUUUGAUGAAAUCCAUGUUUUAUAAACUCUGAGCUGAAUUGGCGUGUGACUGUAGUACCUGCGUUAUGUUUGUGUAAUUGUCCGUGUCUUACGGUUCAAGUGCAUCUAGGUACUUGAGGAAAGGCAAAAAAUUUUUUUGCUUGUUUUUUGUUUAUAUUUGUAACUUGGCACUUCUGUCUGUUUACGUGACUUCUUGCACAACUUUCCUACUGUAAAUUUAGAAUGCACCGUUUCUAUUUCACCUCAUUUUGACAAAAGUUGUUUUGCACACAGCUGCUGACAUUAUCUUGCCAGGAAUGUUAGAUUUGUACUCUUAUACAAUGAAAAGCGCACGGAUCAUAGUCAAUUAAUUUUUUUCCAUAGUGAUAUUUCCUUUGCGAAAGAUUGUGUUCAGCAUUACAGCCACAUUGGAAGGCUAUGCUAAGCUCUUUUUUUUUUUUUUUUUCGAUCGUGGCUAGGCAGCUUGCCAUGCGGCCUUCUAAAUGGCCAUCAUUGUUUUUGUGUGAGCUGCGCUUGAUAAAUAACUACCUUGAUGAAGCCUACAAUAUGUAUAAUCGUGCUCAUUGCUUAAUACAAUAUUGGUUGUCAAUUGAUCAUGUCCAGUGGCCAUUGAUUGCUCACCAGGAUAUUUUUUGCGAGCUUCUUCUACAUUCGCAUCUCUGAAACGUUUUAAUGGAAGCAUGAAAUUUGGGAACACAUUAGCCUCUUGUAAGUCAUUCUCCAAUGUGUCUCAUAUUAUGCUAAGAUUAAUAACUCAACUACUUGUCACAUCAGCAGGUGAAAUAUUUACGCUGUGAUCAGAAAACUGGUUAUAGAAACAAAAAUGGGGGUGUGUGAAUAUUUUAAAUUUUUAAUACGAAUUGAAUGGUGCACGGUAUUCAAUUGCAUUUGAGAAUUUUUGUUCAAAAUGGCUGAAUGUUCGUUUCCUUUGAACAUCUACUAUGGCGUUGGCUCUGGGCAAGUCUAAUGACGGAUGGUGCGGACUGUUCCAAAUUUUCCAUUUUAAGAGUAGCUGCGGUGGUUGUGUGGAGGAAGCAGUUUCAUUAGUCAUUAAUUAAUCACUUACUGCCAUUCUAUAAGAAUGACUUAGUUUUUAGUAUAUUCAUGGCCACUGUUGACACAUUUUUCGUGUUUCAACAGUGGCCACUGGGAUUACGUUAGUCAACGUUUUGCCUCAAAUCAGGGAAGCGUUCAAUUUGUCACUUAAAGCUUAGAAAAAUGUUCGCACACUUCUACAUUCUUGUAAUACGUAAAGCAGGUGUCUGUUCUUGUGCUGGCGUUUUGAGUGUUUCAUGGGGGGAUGCAAGGAACGACAAUCUCUGUCUCAUAUCCAAUGCUCUGUGGUCGUACUACUCAUGUCAGCUUUGCAGUCUCUCUGGAAUCGUUGCAGCGUUUGCGUUUCCCUGCACAUCUUACAGCUGGAGAUGGGGUAUGGGUGUUGCACGUAAACUGACAAUGUGCGGAUAUUCCAGCCGCUGAAGAUGGUGGGGUAUCCGUAAAGUAUGGUCGUCUUGCACCUAACUUACUGACCGAUCAGUGAACCAAUGAUCGCACGUAAGCAUUCGACAUCUUGUGGAGCUGCAUGCACUGUUCUGGUAUGCAGAAAUCUUUUCACACUGAGCAUGGGGUUAGCCCCAUGCUCAUACGCAUAGCCAGCAUAUGGGCUACUCUCCUAUAAGGCAUAGCCAGUGCACAAGCAACAAACACAAGUGAACACUCCCAAGUGUCAGCCUUCUCCCGUCCGUGUGUGUAAGCGCUAGUUUCUGCAUACAAGUAUUAUAAGUUAGCGCUGUUGUCAGCCUUGAAGGAAGGUUCUAAUAGUUAAUAGUAACCAUGGCUUUCAUCCACAGUUGAACCAUUGAUCAUUAUCAUCAAAAUCCAAAGUCUCAUUCACUCUUUGCACAAACAUCCCGGACACUGUUCACUUUCUGGUCCCCCCCUCCUGCGAUUUUUUUGUUUUUGUUUUGUUGGGUUUCUUAGCUUUUGGAGCACCAAAUAAAUCUGUGGGUCUUGUGCAAAAAUGAAUAUACAGGACCAAGCAGCACACUACUUUUUGUUCACGUUAUCUAUUAUCUUCAAAGCUGCACUUACACGAGAAUCGCACAAGAGCUGCGCAGUUUUCAGCGCUACACACAGGCAAUAAACUACGCGUGGUUAUGGAUUUCUCACUGUGGUGUCUACAGAGUGUACCCUGAAUAGAAACAUUUGCCAUUGUGUGUACUUCCUUUCUUCCUUUUUGUCUCAAUUAGAAAUGUUUAGGCUUGUGCGAAUAUUCGAGCACUUCGAAUAUUCGAACGAAUAAUACAGUAUUCGAAUUCGCUUCGAUUAGAAUUUAAAUUACUGAAAAUUUCGAAGUAUUCGAAAUGAACGAAUAGGUCUAAUUAGUCCGCUUAUAACCCCCCUGCAAAGGUGGUUUCACUGCAAUGGAGGGGUGCUAUGCCGUGAAUACACCUUUCCAAAAAAAAUUUGCAAUGUCUGUUUGUAACCUCCCGUAAAGGUGGUUUCACUGCGGUAGAGGGGUGCUAUACCGUGAAUACACGUUUUCAGGAAAAGUCCGUACUGCCGCGAAGCCCCACUUCAAGGCUAAAUGAACAUACAUAUUACCCUCACAUCGAUUCAUCAUUUUUUAAGUUUAAAAACUUGUUAUACCGGCUUAUAUGCUCCAAGUAUAGUAAAUUUUAAAAUGUAACAGAUUUUAUAGGUUAUUAUUUGCAUUCUACCGAAAGCCAAAUCCUGCUUCUAUUAAAAGUUGCUUCUACUUCCUUUGAACCAAAAAGUGACAUUUGCACAUGCCUUGUUAUAAUUUAAAAAAAAAAAAAACGUUGUGCAGGUUGGUUGGGUUAUGACAAAUAUGCUCAUUUUUCUUUAUAAUAUGUGAUAUAUACUAUUCGAAUUCGAUUCGAACCUAAAAUUUACUAUUCGCACAAGCCUAGAAAUGUUACUUCGGAACCAGACGGAUUGUGGCAGGAGCGCCAUGAUUUUUUGUUUCCAGAAUGUAGUAUUAUCGUUUGAUCGCAUACGUCCUUAAGUUGGUCUGCUUUGCGGAGUUAUACGAAUAAAAAAUUAUUACGUUGUACGUUUAAGGCCAAGCUAUGCGAGGGUGCAGCUUUGGUGUCCGGGCUGAUAAAACAUCUUGCUCUGAACCAGUGUUCAAACAUACAAAAAAAGGGGGGGGGGAUGUUAUCAAAUAUGUACUUGAAUCUCUGAUAAGCACAGACCACAUCAUGUUAAAAAUUUAAGAAAAUAAUGUUUGAAGAUAACCGAUUUUUGGGGCUAUGGUUCAGGAGUGUUAGCUCAAAAUUUUCUGUAUAAAUCUUGCAACGCAACAGUUCUUGGUUCACACCUACGAUAUGCUGUUGCAUCAUCCACUUUGUAUGUUUUCACAGCAUGAGCUCAGAGCAGUAGUUUGUCGCAAAACGUUGGAAGCGAUAGCAAGGGUGGCCGGCAUUUGAGUGUGCUUUGCAUGCAGCCAGCCUUGUGUGAUGAAUUUUGCCACAUCUAGAAAGCUUUACGUUGCAAUCUAUAGGCCGAAAAGUUGUUUUACCCGCAUCUCAGUGUAUAUGAUGCCUCGCACGCUUUCCCCGUGUUGCAUUUCGUGUGCAGAGUAACCUUUGCUUCCAUUUCUUGCUGUCUGGAAAGAUGUGUCUCGUGUACAUGCGUGUGUGCUCCAGUGAACGUGUGUGCACACCUAUGCUUUGACACAACUCUCGUAUCUCUGUUUCUUUACUGCACACUAUUUUGCUGAAUGUGUAUUGCCCAAAAGCACAGUCGUUCUGAACACUUUCUUGUUGAAAAUUGUUUUAUUGUACGCCAACCACGCCUUGUAGUAGCACGUGUUUUAUGAGUUGUGCCAAAUUGCCAGGCUUCUUUUUUUUUUUUCUUUAGGUUUAGAACAUUUAACCAGGCAUUCCCUGAAACAAGUCGCUUUAUAUUAUUAAUGUUUGCAUUGUGAGCUGAAUGAAGUGAGGGCUAGGUUAUUUGGUCAUGUGCAAUUGUAUGUUGGUAAGCAUUUCUAGUGGAACAAAAAGGGCGUCCAAAUAGUGGAACAAUCACGUCUCGGUCUUGUACAGUUCGAACGAAACAGGAAGGCUCUUCAAUUGUGCUUUGAUUGGGCUGGCUGCAUGAACUGCGUAUCUUUGUGAAUUUUUAGUGUCUUGGAGAAAUCCCUAUGAUGUUGUGCCACAUUUUUAAUAGUGACACAUUGAUGUGUUGCGUUGAGUGUGCCUUUGUGCAUUUUUUUCUUUCGCUGUUGCACUAGUGUUGUAGGAUAAAACGUAUAUCAAAAUGGCUUGCCUGUUUAAAGGUGGAUGUAUGCAGUAGCGUUGUGUCAUGUAUUGCAGUUUUCAUUGCCUUAUUGCAAUUUUUUUUUUUAAUUCUCGCUCAACUGUGGUUGCAUUCUCUACCUCUUGAGGUUGUUGGGCAGUACUAACAAGCAUUUUUUUUUUUUAUCUCUCUUUCCCGUGACCCACAGAAGAUCUCAAAUUUCCAAAUGUCACAAUGUAACAACGUACACAACAAAGAUACCAGUGUGUAUUUUGCACAGUUAUAAUUGUGACUGUAGCUUAACGCUGUAAGCACAAGACGGUUAUUUAUUGUUCCUUGAAAUAAAGCUAACACUUCACAA